CGUCCGGAGCCGCCGCGCAGCCCGACGCCCGUCCGCAGCCAUGGCCUCGAACCCCAGCCCGCCCUCCCCGCUGCUGGUGCGGGUGUCCGAGCCCGGCCUGAACUUAACUCGGAAGCUGGAAAGCUACUUCCAGAGCCGGCGGUCGGGCGGCGGGGAGUGCAGCGUCCGCAGCCUGGGCUCCGGCGCCUACCGGGUGGAGUUCUUGGAAAGGGCAGCUAAGAAGGGAGUGUUGGAAAAAAAGCAUGAAAUUCUGGUUGAUGACAAAAUUGUGACUAUUUCCCUGGAACCCACUGCAAAUUCAGUAGAGAAGAAUGGAAUGUCUCCAGUGCAAACACACUCACAAGAAGGGGCAAGGUCUGGUGAGAAGCAUCCAAAUGAAGAACAUAUUCCUAAUUCUGUGGAUUCCUGUGUCCAAAAGAUCUUCCUUACUGUCACAGCCGACCUGAACUGUCACCUGUUCUCUAAAGAGCAGAGGGAACACAUAACCACUCUCUGCCCCAAUGUCAAAAAAAUGGAGGGCUACGAUGGAAUUGAGAAGGUGUGUGGUGACUUCAGAGAUAUUGAAAAAAUACAUGACUUCUUGAGUGAGCAACUCCUAAAAAGUGAGCAGAAACAGGAAUCGGCCCCUUUGACAACAGAGAGGGAGCCACUCCAUCAGCAGGACCAGGACAGCUGUGUUUCUCCCUCUGAACCAAGAACGAAGUCAGAAGGAAAAAGCACUUGUUACAAAAUUCCCUUGCCUUUAUUUGAAUACUUCAAAAAUACCUACCCUGAAAAAAUGAACUCGAUAGAGAGAAGAUUUGGUGUAAAAAUAGAAAGCCAGGAGAGUUCUCCGAAUGUAGUCUCUUUAUACUUCACCUCAAGUCAAUCUGGUGACCUCAGAGCAGCCGAAGAGACUUUUGCCAGUGAAUUUCAGAAAAGCAUAGGAAAUAUGGAGCAGGAAUAUGUUGCAUUAGCAGACAAGAAGCAGGCAAAUAAAAUCAAGCCGGGACUAUCACAUUUUCUUGCCCCUCAAAUCUCUGAAAGUCGUGUCAAGGUACCUGUGAAAAUAUUGACUCCGACGUGCAUGGUGAAUGGGAUUGAGGUUGACACGGCUCACUAUAAGUUUUUAGAAGCUGAAUUAUCCCAGGAGAUACCAGAGAUAGAAAAAAAGUACAACACUCAAAGUAAGAUUUUGAGGAAAGGUCAUAAAACCAGCAUUCUAUUUGAACCUAAGGACAAGGAGUUAGAUCUGUCUGUGCAUGCUUAUGCAAGUUUCAUUGAUGCCUAUCAGCAUGUUUCUUGUCAGCUGAUGAGAGAAGUUGUUUCACUGAAACCUUUGGGUAAGGAGAGAAAGGACUUCUCUGGGAUCAAGUUUGCUGAUAACCUUACAAAAAGACAUCCAGGUGUAGACUUUGUGGUAAAUCAAGAAUCAGGAUUGCCAAAUCACGUAGCAAAGGCAAAACAAUAUGUCUUACAGACAGGGGGCAUGUCCCCAUUAGCUGGAGAGAAAUCGAAUGAGGAUCGUGAAACACCCAUGGACGUAGAUAGUAAUGAUUCAGAAACAGUUUUACCAACAUCCCAGCCCUCUGCCAGUUCUGGGGCAUCAGGAAUGAACAAGGAAGAGGAUAUCUGUAUCAUCUGUUUGGAGCCCAUUGCUAACAAGCUAGUGCUACCAAAGUGCAAGCACGAAUUCUGCACCCCUUGUAUCAACAAAUACAUGACAUAUAAGCCAGUCUGUCCUGUGUGCCAGACUGUUUAUGGUGUCCUAAAAGGGAAUCAGCCAGAGGGAACGAUGUCUGUCAAUUAUGUAAGAGAUUCACUUCCAGGUUAUGAAGCCUAUGGCUCCAUCGUGAUUAAUUACGAUAUGAGAGGAGGCAUACAAACAAAAGAGCAUCCACGCCCAGGAAUGCCAUAUUCUCGAACACACCGAACUGCAUUCUUGCCUGCUAAUGAGGAAGGAAAGGAGGUUUUGACACUGCUUCAAAAGGCCUUUGACCAAAAGCUAAUUUUCACAGUGGGGGAUUCUCGAGUUACAGGAGCGUCAGACGUCAUUACAUGGAAUGAUAUCCACCACAAAACCUCCAGGAGUGGGGGACCAGCAAACUAUGGCUAUCCUGAUCCUGAUUAUCUGAAACGCGUCAAGAAGGAGCUGAAAGAUAAAGGAAUUGAGUAAGAAGACUGCUGGAAGGAUAUUUGAGCCAAGCGUUCCAAAGACACAGUUGAAAAGGCAGAGUAAAUACCAAUGUAAAUCUUAAUGUAGAAACAACCUUUAAAAAUACUCAUCUCAAGGAGAUUCAUGUAAGAGUAAGAAUCUGGUAGUCUGUCAUUUCUGGAUUGUCACUUUUUAUGAAAGAUAAAAGCCCCAAAGAUCUACCAGUAUGUGAUUUUUGCUGCAGAGGUCUUGUGCCUCAUUCUUGUGUCAUUGUUGGGGGGAAUGGAGUACUGUGGGUCUGAAAUCAUCUUUGUGCUCUUCAGUUGAAAUAUUGGCUGCCAAUUGAUCCUUUUUAAAUUACCAUCUCUGGGUGGUCCUUUAGUUUUUGUUGGUUGGUUGGUUGGUUGGCUGGUUGGCUAGCCCUUUAAGUACCGCAAAGGUAAAAUCCUAGUGUGAAUGGGUGAGGGGAGAGGCUUUGGUUAAGGAAAAUUAAGACACAUUUCCCUCCCUGGUGGCCAGAAAAAUGGCCAGGGGCAAAAAUUGGGCAACCUUUGCUAAUAAAUAGUAUAAGGCUAUUAUUUUUCAUGACAUAGAGCCUGGUAUAUACAGUUGGUGCAUAAUAUAUUUUUGCUGCCUGAUUCAGGAUGCUAAUAUCCCAGCAGAGGGAUAUAUAUACUCCCUAAAUCUUGAGCAGAGUCAGGAGUAAGAAGCCAUUUCUGAAGUCUUCACCACUGAUUUGGAAAACUGAAUUUCUUAUCUGGUUAUCACAUCCCAGCCUCUCUCUGAAAAUGAUGAACAAGAUGUCUUUUUCUUUUCCUAAAGACACACACACACACACACACACACACACACACACACACACACACAUUUUUGGUUAGAGGGUAAUAGUUAAUAUUUAUUGUGGACUUACUUUGUCCCCUUUGUAAGAUCUUUAUAUCUGUGUGAUUGAUACUAUUAGCAUCCCUAUUUUAUAACUGAGAAAACUAAUUAAAAGAAAGGAUACCUUGACAAAGGUCACAUAGUUAAUAAGUAGAAGUGCUGGGAUUUGAAGGAGACAGUUUGGCUGCAAGGCUUCUACACCCCAGAGCUAUACUGCCUCCCAUAGGGGGACUUCUCCAUGGAGUGACUGAGGAGUUCCUGUUAUUCUGGUCUUCUCUCAAAAAAUGCAUUCCUACACAUUGCUCACAGCACAUUUCCUCCAAAGAAGUCCUAUUUGAAGAACUUAAAAACCCAGAAUCUUUUCCUUUAUCUAGAGAGUUGAGGAAGCUUAAACUAAAUGAUAGGCCUUUGAAAAUAUUAGAUGAUACAUUUAAUUUUUGAUUAUUCAUUAAAAUCUUAACCAUUGUGAGUAGUUAUUUUGUAUCUAUUAAACUUUUAGCUAAAUUUGCUUCAAAAAACCAAAAGUUUGGUUCCUGCUUAGGUCUAGAUCCUUGAUUACAAUGUAGUGUGUGCAUUGGCAUUUUAAUGGUGUGAGUGGUUGGUGAGCUUUAGAUUGUUGCUUUUGCUCUGUGUGAGGUAUUAUCAGCUGUAUCUGCUUCAAAUAAAGUUACAUAUUAGGAA